UUAAAAUGAUAAACUAGGCAAGCAAACCUGGGUUUAAUCUGCUCUUUACAUUUCAUUAGUGGCACAUUGUCAUUUUAAUUGUGGUUGCCAUUGUAGUAUAACUUUGAGUUUUCAAUUUUUGAUUGAUAAUUAGGCUUCUGUCAAGGAGUGUAGUCAAUGCAGUUUGCUCAUGUCAGUUAAUCACUUCUAUUUUUAUUGACAGUUUUUGUUCAAAUCAAUGUAUCAAUCUAAACAGUUUCUGGAUGAUUUGGUUUUGAGGUUUCUAUAAACUUGUGUCCUUAUUUCCAAUAAUUAUUCCUAAAAAUAGUAUCAUUAAUUAUUAUUAUUAUUAUUAUUAUUAUUAUUGGAUAUUAGACCAUUGUUUUCGUUUCAUGUUCAGUUAAAGUUGGAAAUGCAAUGAUGCAAAAUAAAGGCGAAAAUAAAUUAUGAUGGAUGACUGAUUCAAACACAAUCUCUCUCUGUUUUCCCCUAUAAUCAUGCAGUAGCAUCCAGUUGUUGCACCUCCAUUUUCGUCAACCAGCCGAAUAAAACACGCAGACAAGAGAGAAACGUGAGAAAGAGAGAGAGAGAAGAGAUGGGAGACACAAGGAGAGUAGGCGUGGCCGUAGAUUUCUCGCCGUGCAGCAGAAAAGCUCUGAAAUGGGCCGUCGAUAAUCUGGCGAGGAAGGGAGACCACCUCAUUAUGGUGGUCGUGCGCCCCGACUGCCAUUAUGAAUCAGGCGAGAUGCAGCUCUGGGAAACCACCGGUUCACCUCUUAUUCCGUUGAGCGAUUUCUCAAACUCAACUAUCAUGAAGAAGUACGGUAUUAACCCUGACGCUGAAUCACUUGACAUCGUCACCGGUGCAUCAAAGCAGAAAGAAAUAGUUGUGCUCUUGAAAAUCUACUGGGGCGAUGCUCGUGAAAAAUUAUGUGUAUCGGUCGACAACAUUCCUCUCGACUCACUUGUCGUUGGCAAUAGAGGCCUUGGAAAGAUCCAAAGGGUGCUUAUGGGCAGUGUUAGCAACUAUGCUGUGAACAAUGCUCCCUGUCCAGUUACCGUCGUGAAAAGUAACGAUUAAACUCGCGAUUUUCCAUGUGACCAAUAAUGAGCUCGUUCGCGUGUGCUCAAG